AUGGCGUGUAUCGUGCAGUACAAUGAUUGGCUGGAGGAGGAGGUAAGGCUUCCAUCCAGACUGUGUUGUACGUAUGAAUAAAACGUAUCGAACACAUGCAGGGUAAUUACCUCUUGUUGUUAACCAGGACAUUCAUUCAUCACAAGAUCAACAGGCCCACCCAUGACUGGGUGUGCAAUACUGUAUGUUCAUAAUUGUAUUGGCAAUAUUGAGUCAUUUAGGACCAGGGGCUGUUUUUGAUUUAAUUAGUGACCAACAUGAAGUGGAUUCCUUUCCUAGGAGGCAUUAAUGUCUUCGUCCCAAAUUGCACCCUAUUCCCUAUCUAUUUUUGACCAGGGCUCUGGUUUAAUAUAGUGCGCUAUAUAGGGAAUAGGGUGCCAUUUGGAAUACUGACAGUAUGUCAUAUUCCUAACAAUGGUGUUAAUGAGGUUCCAUUGACUGUAAUAUCCCGCGGACUGUCCAAGCAGUGGUGCUAUAUGGGUACCAUGUCAAUAAGCAAUCAGCGCGUCAGUUUCAGCUCAUUGGCGUUUCAUAUAAAAAAAUAAAAUGUGGCUUUUGUGUCCUCUGAACUUUGCCCCGAGGCGGCGUUAUUCCCCAUUGAUUUCUGUCUUUGUUGGUUGACUGUACGUGCUGUUCUGAUGCAGCUGACUCAAUUAGAUUAAAUUAUCUAUGCCUGUGAUGUAUAGUAUUCAGCGUAUGUUAAACCUACUGUAUGCCAUAUGAAAUUUGUUAAAACAUAUUGUUUGUUUAAUAAAUAUGUAUCUGACUGGAAUAUAGAGAUUAAGUUUGUGUCUCUACAAAUGUUCAGUAAUUUCUAUUUUUAUCAUAUUACGUCACUCUUUCCUGACAAUCCCCUCUUUUGUUCUCAGUGUGGGAACAUGGCCAGGGAAGGGCUUCGGACCCUGGUGGUGGCUAAGAAAUCUCUGUCUGAGGAGCAGUAUACAGACUUUGAGGUACAAAACAUAAUGUCCCUUCUUAAUGUCCUGCUGAAUUCAAAAGAAUCUUCAAACUGAAUGAGCUGCCUACUUGCCCUCAUUCCACUUAUUUCCUCUCCUCUCUUGCCCUGUGCUCUACACUUGCCAUGGCUAUUUAUUUCUCGGAUUUUCUCCCUUGGUCUAUCGAUUUCUACCUCCCUAUCGCUCUUUCAUUAUCACUUCCUUUCUCAUCUCUGCCUCCCUCACUGACUGACUAUCUUUCCCUCUCUAUGUUGGUGUAGAACCGGUACAACCAGGCCAAGCUGAGUAUCCAUGACCGGGCUCUGAAGGUGUCAGCGGUGGUAGAGAGUCUGGAGAGGGAGAUGGAGCUUCUGUGUUUGACUGGGGUUGAGGACCAACUACAGGCCGACGUCAGGCCAACCCUGGAGCUCCUCAGAAACGCUGGGAUCAAGGUGUGAGACCACACUAUCCUUUUGUGUUUUACUACAACUGUGAACGUACUGUUACAUGUUGGCUGCAUUUCUAUUGCGCUGUUCUUUCCAUGUACAGUAUCAUGUUAGCUGUGAAAAAGAGUCCUUGUAAAAUGUUGCUUUUAAUGCCAUUGCAAAUAGUCUGUCACUGAUUCCAUGUCAUGGUUUUGUUUUCUAUUCAGAUAUGGAUGCUGACUGGGGAUAAGCUGGAGACAGCUACUUGUAUCGCUAAAAGCUCCCAUUUGGUGUCCAGAAGCCAAGAUAUUCAUGUCUUCAGAUCGGUACGCUUCUCCUUCUUUUUCAUGUUAAGAUAAUAAUCUGUCACUUGAUGAGAGUUAAAGGGAUGAGGAAAUGGUCUUGUGUCUGUCCUUCCACUAAUUGUAUUGCCUGGCUCUCGAGCAGGUCUCCAACAGAGGAGAGGCCCAUCUGGAGCUCAAUGCCUUCAGAAGGAAACACGACUGUGCUCUCGUCAUCUCUGGAGACUCCUUGGAGGUACUACAGCACGACACACUUCUCACAGACCUCUCAAAGCAGAUUGUAAUGUAGAUGCAGCCAAAAAGUCAAAAAGGUUCUGGUGUCAAAAGUAAAACCUUUUGAGGCCAAAACCGCAAACAGUGGUACAAAGCACGUCAGUUAUGAUUUCAUAAGCCAAAAAAAAACAUUAUAAACUGGGUGGUUUGAGCCCUGAAUGCUGAUUGGCUAACAGCCGUGGUAUACCACGGGUAUGACAAAACAUUUAUUUUAACUGUUCUAAUUACGUUGGUAACCAGUUUAUAAUAGCAAUAAGGCACCUCAGGGGUUUGUGAUAUAUGGCCAAUAUACCAUGGCUAAGGGCUGUGUCCAGGCACUCCGUGUUGCGUCAUGCAUAAGAACAGCCCUUAGCUGUGGUAUAUUGGCCAUAUACCACACCUCCUCGGGCCUUAUUGCUUAAUUAUAACACCAUUGAUCUGAAGAGAUGGUACAGUAAGUACUUCAUUAUGUAAAUGUUCUUGUGUGGGUCCGGAUGUGUUUGCAUUUUCCGAAUCCAUAUGUUUAUCUUCCCACAGGUGUGUCUGCGGUACUAUGAGCAUGAGUUUGUGGAGCUGGCAUGUCAGUGUCCGGCGGUAGUCUGCUGUCGCUGCUCCCCCACUCAGAAAGCCCAGAUCGUCCACCUGCUCAAGCAGCACACAGCCAACAGAACCUGUGCCAUAGGUGAGCCCUUUUGCACCCUGGACAAGACCCAGAUGCAUAACAACUAACUACUCUCAUCCUUUGUAUGAGACACAACUGCUACAAUGAUCUGUGUACAAUAAUUAAAUAAGUCAAUUGUAGAAAAUACCUACCAGUAAUAUACCUCUCUAUUGACUAUUGACUACUUUUUUUGAAAAAGAAGAAACUAGACCCAGUAUGAGAAGGUACACACCUAUAACGUCCACAAGAUGGCAAUCAAAGAGCACAAGCAUCUCUGUUAACAUUGUUCUCUCAUCAUCCUGGGGCAUAAGCCUUAUUUCCAUAUGGCUCUUUUACAUGUUAUUAUUGAGCCUGUGGUUGAAGUGUGGCUCUCUUGUCUCUCCCAGGUGAUGGAGGUAAUGAUGUCAGUAUGAUCCAGGCAGCAGACUGUGGUAUCGGCAUUGAAGGAAAGGUAAACGAUCCAUAUCACUCCUCCUCUUACCCUAUCCACAUAUUAUUACAUUCAAAUUAAAUGCAAAACCUUUUAUGGGUGCCAUAUUUAGUCUGAUAUGGGGUGUGUCCUUCCGUAUGAAUAACAUUACGCACUUAUGCGCUCCCCAUGCAGGAGGGGAAGCAGGCAUCCCUGGCGGCAGAUUUCUCCAUCACUCAGUUUAAGCACAUUGGCCGGCUGCUUAUGGUCCACGGCAGGAACAGCUACAAGCGCUCAGCAGCCCUGGGCCAGUUUGUCAUGCACCGAGGCAUGAUCAUAUCAGCCAUGCAGGUAACAGACCUGAACAUGUUUAUGUUAGUAGUACUGAAUAUGGAAGGACUUGAAUGAAAUGUGUCAUAUCGCUCCCUCUUUGCAGGCGGUGUUUUCCUCCAUUUUCUACUUUGCAUCAGUCCCUUUGUACCAGGGUUUUCUCAUGGUUGGGUAUGUGGUUGUCUAUAUUUCUAUAUAUAUAUUUUUUUGCAUACAGUAUGUGCAUGCAUCUAAACAUGACAAGGUGAGACCCUUUCUAUUGAUGCUGUGGUACAGUGUUCUGUAUUAACUCAGUCCUGUGUUCUCCCCUUCUGUGCAGGUAUUCUACCAUCUACACUAUGUUUCCUGUAUUUUCCCUGGUGCUGGACCAGGACGUGAAGCCAGAGAUGGCCCUGCUGUACCCUGAGCUUUACAAAGACCUCACCAAGGUACGAUGACAACCUCUCCUAUAUAAUACAGGCUGACAAAGGGAAUUGAUGGUCAAUUUACACUGACUCUAUAUUCAUUAAGGGUUUAACAGGUUAAAGUGAAUUCAAAAGUUGUGUUUUGUGGUUUGACAGGAUUUGAUGUCUGCAAUUCUGUAUUUUUCUCUUCUUCUAGGGUCGUUCCUUGUCUUUCAAGACUUUCCUCAUUUGGGUGUUAAUCAGUAUUUACCAAGGUAAGAGGAUUGACAGGAUACUCCUCUGUAGCUUUCUAAGUUAGUAUUUUAUUACUGACCAUUCAUCUAGGCACCACACUUGUAUUUCAUCAUUUUUACUAUGUGCAAUACUUCAGUCCCCUGGCCCCCUGACUCUCAGACAGUCCUGUUUCUCAGAAGCUUAGGUUUCCAAGUGUCAUCCGCAGCUACACGCAGGCUUUUGUCCGUCCAGUAAAUCGAUAUUUCUGUAAUCGCUAAGCCAUGCAGCGUGUUGAGAAAGAUCUAUGUUCCUACUGAAGCGUCAUUUCCUGACAGCUCUCGUUUUUUAAUUAAAGGUCUAUUACCAAAGUCCAAUGAAAAACGGAGAUAUGAGGAGGGGGGAGAAAAAAUAUCAGGCCACGAUCGUCGGUUUUAAUUUAUUACAGAGUUUAACUCCCAGGAAUGCACUGUAUGUAGACUGUAUGGAAAAGGCAAUUAUGUGAUCAGUAAUAGGCUAUUAAGGUCAAUUUGUGGCGCGUUAUAAUUAAAUGGAAGGCUAUCAAAAUACAGUAGGCACCACCAUAGAAUAGAUUAAUGAGUGUCAAGCUACAGUACUCAAAGGGGUUUACCUGGGUGGGUUUGGGAUACACUUGGACACAUUGUUUGCCCUCAUAAAUAAUGUAAUUGAGUCAAAUCCUGUGUCUUAAGACUUACUGUAAUCCUAAUAGGUGGACCCUGUCUGGUGUCUCAAUGAACAUACUUUGAAUAACAGACUUUCAGUGAGCAUUGGGGAUCAAAGUAACUUAAUAAAUAAACCAAAACAAAGGCCUAAUGUACUUGUCAUAUUUGGUCCCCUAAAAGAAUAAGAUGAUACAUUUUAUGUUAGGUCUUAUUGUUAUUAACUAGAAUAAUGAUGACUAGAAUAAAUUCUAGUUGAUCUUUCUCUAGUUUCUUUCUCAAGCUGGUUAAACAGUUACUGAACCACUACUACGUCACUAACACUUUUUUUGUGGCGCCCCCCAGGUGGCAUCCUGAUGUACGGCGCACUGCUGUUGUUUGAGUCUGAGUUUGUGCACGUGGUGGCCAUCUCCUUCACUGCGCUGAUCCUCACCGAGCUGCUCAUGGUGGCGCUUAACAUCCGUACCUGGCACUGGCUCAUGGUGCUAGCAGAGUUCCUCAGUCUGGGCUGCUACAUAGCCUCGCUUGCCUUCCUCAAUGAGUACUUUGGUAAGCAAAUGUUGUUUAUCUGAGGGAAAAAAACGACUAAAUUCAACUUUAUUUAAACCCUUAGGGCCAAAGAAAAAUAUUAAAUAAUUGUAUGCUGUUUGUAAAUGAAUGAGUAUGAAAAAUGUAUGCACUCACUAACUGUAAGUCGCUCUGGAUAAGAGUGUCUGCUAAAUGACUAAAAUGUAAACAUGUUUGCUAUUGUGCUGAAAAAUAUUUUAUGUUGCUCUUUGCUUUUUGUUAUGUGGACGGCAGGUUUGCCAAACACUUUACUCUUGUAGUAGUGAAACAGUCUCACCUUUUGCAAUACACUGCACUGCAGCUUGUGUGUUUUAGUGUGAUGCACAUACAGUGGGGGGAAAAAAUCCAGAAAAUCACAUUGUAGGAUUUUUAAUGAAUUUAUUUGCAAAUUAUGGUGGAAAAUAAGUAUUUGGUCAAUAACAAAAGUUUCUCAAUACUUUGUUAUAUACCCUUUGUUGGCAAUGACACAGGUCAAACGUUUUCUGUAAGUCUUCACAAGGUUUUCACACACUGUUGCUGGUAUUUUGGCCCAUUCCUCCAUGCAGAUCUCCUCUAGAGCAGUGAUGUUUUGGGGCUGUCGCUGGGCAACACGGACUUUCAACUCCCUCCAAAGAUUUUCUAUGGGGUUGAGAUCUGGAGACUGGCUAGGCCACUCCAGGACCUUGAAAUGCUUCUUACGAAGCCACUCCUUCGUAGCCCGGGCGGUGUGUUUGGGAUCAUUGUCAUGCUGAAAGACCCAGCCACGUUUCAUCUUCAAUGCCCUUGCUGAUGGAAGGAGGUUUUCACUCAAAAUCUAAUGGCCCCAUUCAUUCUUUCCUUUACACGGAUCAGUCGUCCUGGUCCCUUUGCAGAAAAACAGCCCCAAAGCAUGAUGUUUCCACCCCCAUGCUUCACAGUAGGUAUGGUGUUCUUUGGAUGCAACUCAGCAUUCUUUGUCCUCCAAACACGACGAGUUGAGUUUUUACCAAAAAGUUCUAUUUUGGUUUCAUCUGACCAUAUGACAUUCUCCCAAUCCUCUUCUGGAUCAUCCAAAUGCACUCUAGCAAACUUCAGACGGGCCUGGACAUGUACUGGCUUAAGCAGGGGGACACGUCUGGCACUGCAGUAUUUGAGUCCCUGGCGGCGUAGUGUGUUACUGAUGGUAGGCUUUGUUACUUUGGUCCCAGCUCUCUGUAGGUCAUUCACUAGGUCCCCCCGUGUGGUUCUGGGAUUUUUGCUCACCGUUCUUGUGAUCAUUUUGACCCCACGGGGUGAGAUCUUGCGUGGAGCCCCAGAUCGAGGGAGAUUAUCAGUGGUCUUGUAUGUCUUCCAUUUCCUAAUAAUUGCUCCCACAGUUGAUUUCUUCAAACCAAGCUGCUUACCUAUUGCAGAUUCAGUCUUCCCAGCCUGGUGCAGGUCUACCAUUUUGUUUCUGGUGUCCUUUGACAGCUCUUUGGUCUUGGCCAUAGUGGAGUUUGGAGUGUGACUGUUUGAGGUUGUGGACAGGUGUCUUUUAUACUGAUAACACGUUCAAACAGGUGCCAUUAAUACAGGUAACGAGUGGAGGACAGAGGAGCCUCUUAAAGAAGAAGUUACAGGUCUGUGAGAGCCAGACAUCUUGCUUGUUUGUAGGUGACCAAAUACUUAUUUUCCACCAUAAUUUGCAAAUAAAUUCAUUAAAAAUCCUACAAUGUGAUUUUCUGGAAAUUUCUUUCUCAAUUUGUCUGUCAUAGUUGACGUGUACCUAUGAUGAAAAUUACAGGCCUCUCUCAUCUUUUUAAGUGGGAGAACUUGCACAAUUGGUGGCUGACUAAAUACUUUUUUUCCCCACUGUAUGUUUGAGUUAACCCAAUUAAACCUUGGAGGUCUGUGCUUUGUUCGUGUCUGCCAUCUUCUCUCUCUCUCUCUCUCUCUGCUGCUCGUCCUCUCUUUUGCUACUGUAUGUGUCCUUGGGACAGGCAUAGGCAGGGUGUCCUUUGGAGCAUUUCUGGGUAGGUGUGCAGCACUGUGGUAACGCUACCUCUCUUCUCUUCCACUUCCUUUUCACUCUUUCCUCUCAUCACUGUUUUUGACCGUGCUGUGACUGCUGAGACCUGUUCAUGUUCCUUUAGUGGCCAUACUCUGACCAUGUCUUUUGCAGCGCUAUUUGAUGUGACGUAUUGAGCAUAUUUGCCUGCUACUUAUAUUGUUUUACCAUUCCACUCAGUGUUGUCUCAUUCCAGGCAUGUGUGCAAAAGCUCUAUUAAACAGAAAACCUGGAUCCAUGAUUAUCAACUAAAUAUUUUGAAUAGUCAAAACUAACAAUACCUUAAGAGCUAAGUGAUAAUACAUUAAUAUACAGUACUAGUCAAAAGUUUUAGAACACCUACUCAUUCAAGGGUUUUUCUUUAUUUUUACAAUGUUCUACAUUGUAGAAUAAUAGUGAAGACAUCAAAACUAUGAAAUAACAUAUGGAAUCAUGUAGUAACCAAAAAAGUGUUAAACAAAUCAAAAUAUAUGUUAUAUUUGAGAUUUUUCAAAUAGCCACCCUUUGCCUUGAUGACAGCUUUGCACACUCUUGGCAUUCUCUCAACCAGCUUCAUGAGGUAGUCACCUGGAAUGCAUUUCAAUUAACAGGUGUGCCUUCUUAAAAGUUAAUUUCUGGAAUUUCUUUCCUUAAUAAUGCGUUUGACCCAAUCAGUUGUGAUGUGACAGGUAGGGAGGUUAUACAGAAGAUAGCCCUAUUUGGUAAAAGACCAAGUCCAUAUUAUGGCAGGAACAGCUCAAAUAAGCAAAAAGAAACAACAGUCCAUCAUUACUUUAAGACAUGAAGGUCAGUCAAUACAGAACAUUUCAAGAACUUUUAAAGUUUCUUCAAGUGCAGUCGCAAAAACCAUCAAGCGCUGUGAUGAAACUGGCUCUCAGGAGGACCGCCACAGGAAUGGAAGACCCAGAGUUACCUCUGCUGCAGAGGAUAAGUUAAUUUGAGUUACCAGCCUCAGAAAUUGCAGCCCAAGUAAAUGCUUCACAGAGUUCAAGUAACCGACACAUCUCAACAUCAACUGUUCAGAGGAGACUGCUUGAAUCAGGCCAUGGUCGAAUUGCUGUAAAGAAACCACUACUAAAGAACGACACUAAGAAGAAGAGACUUGCUUGUGCCAAGAAACACGAGCAAUGGACAUUAGACCGGUGGAAAUGUGUCCUUUGGUCUGGAGUCCAAAUUGGAGAUUUUUUUAUUCCAACCGCCGUGUCUUUGUGAGACGCGGUGUGGGUGAACGGAUGAUCUCCGCAUGUGUAUUUCCCACCGUAAAGCAUGGAGGAGGAGGUGUUAUGGUGUGGGGGUGCUUUGCUGGUGAAACUGUCUGUGAUUUAUUUAGAAUUCAAGGCACACUUAAACAGCAUGGCUACCACAGCAUUCUGCAGCGAUACGCCAUCCCAUCUGGUUUGGGCUUAGUGGGACUAUCAUUUGUUUUUCAACAGAGCAAUGACCCAACACACCUCCAAGCUGUGUAAGGGCUAUUUUACCAAGAAGGAGAGAGAUGGAGUGCUGCAUCAGAUGACCUGGCCUCCAGAAUCACCCGACCUCAACCAAAUUGAGAUGGCUUGGGAUGAGUCGGACCGUAGAGUGAAGGAAAAGCAGCCAACCAGUGCUCAGCAUAUGUGAGAACUCCUUCAAGACUGUUGGAAAAGCAUUCCAGGUGAAGCUGGUUGAGAGAAUGCCAAGAGUGUGCAAAGCUGUCAUCAAGGCAAAUGGUGGCUAUUUGAAGAAUCUCAAAUAUAAAAUAUAUUUUGAUUUGUUUAACACUUUUUUGGUUACUACAUGAUUCCAUAUGUGUUAUUUCAUAGUUUUGAUGUCUUCACUAUUAUUCUACAAUGUAGAAAAUAGUAAAAAUAAAGAAAAACCAUUGAAUGAGUAGGUGUUCGAGAACUUUUGACUGGUAUUGUAUAUCAACAUGUUAGUGCCUGGCACAAAUUGUAUGUGCUGAUAUUUGGACAGAUUUCUAACGUGUUGUUUUUUCUCCCAGACCUGGCCUUCAUCACGACGCCAGCCUUCCUGUGGAAGGUGUCAGUGAUCACCGUCGUCAGCUGUCUCCCUCUCUAUGUCAUCAAAUACCUGAAGCGCAAGUUCUCACCACCCAGCUACUCCAAGCUGUCCUCAUGA